AUGUCAGUUGUACUCGCUUCUUUUCGCGGUCAUUUCUUCAAACACCUGGUGUCUCGUUCCACCGCCGCUUUCUCUUCCGUCCGCGUCCACCAUCGCACUUCACCGAGACGCUUCCCGUUCCCCUUAUCCGCCCUAAAUCCCACCCUAGUGGCACUCCACCAGCCACCACGGAGGCGCUCUUUUGCCACUGUUAAUUAUUCAACGAUACCAUCAACUUCUAAUUCGGAACGUUCAGAGACUAGCAAGGGUUCUUUCGCUUCUCCUUACCUCUCCGUUAGAAUUAGUUGCAGAAAAGAUGUUUGUGAUAUGCUUUCGGAGGCCCUUUUGUGUUUUGGAGCUAGCUCUGUCACCAUUGAUGAACAAGAAUCAUAUGGGGACAAUGACGAGAUACGGAUCAGUUCUAUAUUUACUGUAAGUCAGGAUGUAAAGGAAUGCAUUUCACAAGCCACGGAUUCCAUUGGCCUGAGAGAGAUGCCUAAUUAUGAAGUGGAAAUGCACGAUCAUACUGAUUGGAUUAAACAAACUCAGGAAUCUUUUCAUCCCGUGAAAGUUACAGAUGGACUUUGGGUUGUGCCGGAAUGGAGAAAACCCCCGGAUGUACAAGCAAUAAAUAUAGUUCUGAACCCUGGUUUGGCAUUUGGAACUGGGGAACAUCCUACUACGAAAUUGUGCUUAUUGCUACUACAAAGUUUGAUAAAAGGAGGAGAAUAUUUCCUGGACUACGGCACAGGAUCUGGUAUUCUUGCAAUUGCAGCACUUAAGUUUGGUGCAGAUCGUUCAGUUGGAUUUGACAUAGAUCCUCUAGCAAUUACAUCUGCUCGACAAAAUGCUGCUUUGAACAACUUAGAACCAGACAAGUUGCUUUUAAGUCUAGUUCCAAGCAAGAAUGAUCAUGCCUUUGAUAGUGGAUAUUCACACGAAGACAUGAGAACACAGGAUUUAUACAAUGCAAGGAUCAUUGCUGAGAUGAACAAGUAUGAUGUAAUUAUUGCAAAUAUACUAUUGUAUCCUCUACUAGAUUUGGCAGAAGCAAUUGUCUCCUAUGCAAAACCAGGUGCUGUGGUUGGCGUCUCUGGUAUCAUAUCCGAGCAGGUUCCUUGCGUCGUUGAACAUUAUUCUAGAUUUUUGGAGGACAUCAUGGUGUCAGAGAUGGAUGAUUGGGCUUGCAUAAGAGGUUCUAAGAAGAGAAAUCUAAGCAUAAGUUGA